CCGGGACAGCGGGAGCGCCUCCGAGAUGAGUCUGUCCAUCCCAGCCAAGGGGCUCAGCGGGAUAAAACCAGAGCUGGGAUACAUUCUGGCACCGGGGCUCUGACCUCUGUUGGGAAGCGUGGACUUGAGCCGGCUCUGGUGCUGCUGGCCCGUGGGACACAGGGAGCAUCGUCUCCGUGAUAAGAAUAAGUACUCGGCUCCCAGCAGUGUCGCCAUCAUGGGGAAGGACUAUUACAAGAUUUUGGGCAUCCAGAGCGGUGCCAACGAAGAUGAAAUCAAGAAGGCCUAUCGCAAAAUGGCCCUGAAAUAUCACCCUGAUAAGAAUAAAGACCCCAACGCUGAGGAGAAGUUCAAGGAGAUUGCGGAGGCUUAUGACGUCCUGAGUGACCCCAAGAAACGAGCUGUGUAUGACCAGUAUGGGGAGGAAGGUCUCAAAACUGGAGGUGGCUCUUCAGGUGGCUCAGGGAACACCUUCCACUACACCUUCCAUGGAGACCCCCAUGCCACCUUUGCAUCCUUCUUUGGAGGCUCCAACCCUUUUGACAUCUUCUUCGCAAGCAGCCGCUCCCGGAUGUUCAAUGGCUUUGACCAGGAAGACAUGGAUAUGGAUGAUGACGACGACCCUUUCAGUGCCUUUGGCCGGUUUGGCUUCAAUGGCAUUAAUGGGGUUCACCGGCGGCACCAGGAGUCCCUGCACACGCGGAGAAAGGUCCAAGACCCACCUGUCAUCCACGAGCUCAAGGUGUCCCUGGAAGAGAUCUACCACGGAUCCACCAAGAGGAUGAAGAUCACACGCAGAAGGCUCAACGCUGAUGGCCGGACCAUGCGGACUGAGGACAAGAUCCUAAACAUUGUCAUCAAACGGGGUUGGAAGGAGGGAACCAAAAUCACAUUCCCCAAAGAAGGGGAUGCCACUCCAGACAACAUCCCUGCAGACAUCGUCUUCAUCCUCAAGGACAAGCCUCACUCGCACUUCAAGAGGGAUGGGACAAACGUGAUCUACACGGCAAACAUCAGUCUUAAAGAGGCCUUGUGCGGCUGCACUGUGAACAUUCCCACCAUUGAUGGACGCGUGAUCCCGCUUCCCUGCAACGACAUCAUCAAGCCAGGGACAGUGAAGAGACUACGCGGGGAGGGGCUGCCCUUCCCCAAGGCCCCCAGCCAGCGAGGAGACUUGAUCGUGGAGUUCAAAAUCCGCUUCCCGGACAGAAUAGCUCCCCAGACAAGACAGAUCCUCAAGCAGCACCUCCCAUGCUCCUAGAGCCCAGGGACUUCCUCCAAAGCAGCAAUACUCCAAACGCAUGUGCCACAGCACCUGGCCUGCACAGAGCCAAGGUGUCACAGCACUUUUAAAUGCAAAAAAAGAGAAAAAAACAACCCCUCACACUCCUUUUCUCCCCCCAAAAAAACCCAUCUGACCCACCCCCUAUCCAUCCAUUCUUGGCCGGUUUUUUACUCCAACAACGGGGAGACUCCUGUCUGCCACAGCUCUCCCAACUGCCAAACCUUUUAUUUCUCCCCAGAGGUCCAUUUUUUUCUGCCUCGCAAGAGCGAGAGCCGUGGGCCCUUUGCCCGGGGAGGUGUGUCGUGUCGUGGGUUUUUUAUGUCACCUGCUUUUCAGGCCACUCUUCCCACAAGAAGCUGGACUUGUCGGGGUCCAGCGCUGUGUAAAUAGGACUCCGCAGGAUCUGGCAUCCCCGCUGCUGGUUUUUCUCUUUCCCUCUUUGAUACUUGCUGCUGUUUGGGGUCCUGGCUGUACCGCGGUGCCGAUCACUCCUGCCUGUGGUGGCCCCCCCAGUAGCCGGACAAUUUCUCUCCUUGGGGCCACGGUACCAAGUCCAACCGUGGUCCGCUCUCCUGUGCCAAGCCUACACCGAGCCUCGGCUGUGCCAAACAACAGAGCACGUGGGGAUGGUCCAUCCAGCCUCCUGCCCCUGCCCGGGGAUGUCCCCAGUGCCCGUGGGCAGCACUUGCCUGCACCUGCUGCCCGCAGGGCCCAGCCAGCAGGAGGAGGGGGGAAAGCCCAGGGUGGAGCUUUC